GCCUCUUAGGCUAGGCCAGAAAAGAGGCGGAACGCCGAGAUCCGGGAGUGGUUUCCCCGCGGAUCGCAGAGCGGAGUGCACCGAGCGCCGCGGGAGCAGCACCUUGGUCCCCUGCUCCCGCGACAUGGCCUUCAACUUUGGGGCUCCCUCGGGCACCUCUGGUACAGCUGCAGCCACCGCGGCCCCCGCGGGUGGGUUUAGUGGAUUUGGGACGCCGUCUACAACAGCAGGUUCUGCGUUCAGCUUUUCUGCUCCAGCUAACACGGGCACUACUGGACUCUUCGGUGGUGCUCAGAACAAAGGUUUUGGAUUUGGCACUGGCUUUGGUACAACAGCUGGAACUAGUACUGGUUUAGGUACUGGUUUGGGAACUGGACUUGGAUUUGGAGGAUUUCAUACACAGCAGCAGCAGCAGCAACAGACUACAUUAGGUGGUCUCUUCAGCCAGCCUACACAAGCUCCUGCCCAGUCCAACCAACUGAUAAAUACUGCAAGUGCUCUUUCUGCUCCAACACUGCUGGGAGAUGAGAGAGAUGCUAUUUUGGCAAAAUGGAAUCAACUACAGGCCUUUUGGGGAACAGGAAAAGGAUAUUUCAACAGUAACAUUCCACCAGUGGAAUUCACACAAGAAAACCCAUUUUGCCGUUUUAAGGCAGUAGGUUAUAGUUGUAUGCCCAAUAAUAAAGAUGAAGAUGGGCUAGUGGUUUUAGUUUUCAACAAAAAAGAAACAGAUAUUCGAAGCCAGCAACAGCAAUUGGUAGAAUCAUUGCAUAAAGUUUUGGGAGGAAACCAGACCCUUACGGUAAAUGUAGAGGGUAUUAAAACAUUGCCAGAUGAUCAGACAGAAGUUGUCAUUUAUGUUGUUGAGCGUUCUCCAAAUGGUACUUCAAGAAGAGUUCCAGCUACAACACUAUAUGCCCAUUUUGAACAAACCAAUAUAAGAACACAGUUGCAGCAACUUUGUGUAACCCUUUCUAUGACUAGAACAGAACUUUCUCCUGCACAGAUCAAACAGCUUUUACAGAAUCCUCCCGCUGGUGUUGAUCCAAUUAUCUGGGAACAAGCCAAGGUGGAUAACCCUGAUUCUGAAAAGUUAAUUCCUGUACCAAUGGUGGGUUUCAAAGAACUUCUUCGAAGACUGAAGGUUCAAGAUCAGAUGACUAAGCAGCAUCAGACCAGAUUAGAUAUCAUAUCUGAAGAUAUUGGUGAAUUACAGAAGAAUCAAACUACAACUAUGGCCAAAAUUGCACAAUACAAGAGGAAACUCAUGGACCUUUCCCAUAGAACCUUACAGGUCCUAAUCAAACAGGAAAUUCAGAGGAAGAGCGGGUAUGCCAUCCAGGCUGAUGAAGAGCAGCUGCGAGUUCAGCUAGAUACAAUUCAGUGUGAACUAAAUGCCCCUACUCAGUUUAAGGGCCGACUGAAUGAACUGAUGUCCCAAAUCAGGAUGCAGAAUCAUUUUGGAGCAGUCAAAUCUGAAGAAAGGUAUUACAUAGAUGCAGAUCUGUUACGAGAAAUCAAGCAGCAUUUGAAACAACAACAGGAAGGCCUUAGCCACUUGAUUAGCAUCAUAAAAGAUGACUUAGAAGAUAUCAAGUUGGUAGAACAUGGAUUGAAUGAAACCAUCCACAUCAGAGGUGGUGCCUUCAGUUGACAGUUCACAAACUUGUGUUAAAGGUUUGUGAAAUACAUUUUCUUGUUAUAUCAGGCCUUCCUUAAGAAUGGAACUGACCACGUGGAGGGGAAAAGAAAGAAAACAAUCCUCUCUCCUGACUUGGUUUUUGAGAAGGUUCCUGACAAAUUAUUGUUCAUCAAAUCUGAAAUAACUGUCACUUCACUGCUCUUCAGAGAUAGCCUUUGAAAGAUUUACAUCUAAAAGCUGUAAUUACUUUAAAAAAGAAGUACAUAAUUACCAAAAAUAUUUCCUAUUGUAUAUUUUUACAACAGCACUCUUCUUAAAAAUAAUCAGUGUUUAAUGAUUAUUCUCCAUUGAGCCUGUAUUCUGCUCUCCAUAGCAAGUAAAUAGGAAAUGUCUACUUUUUGCACAGAACAAACUGUAUAAUUACUUGGCUGUUGGAGAUUUGUACUUCAGAAUGUAAAUGUAUGUCAGUUUUUAUAUUUGUGAAUUCAUCUGUGGGAGGAGUAAAGAAAAUCCAAGAGUAUUUAAUGAUUAAUGUGGUUUUCUUUUCAUUCUAUAAAGAUUUGAAAAUAUAUUUUUAUAUUAUUUUACUUAUUUGGAAUUUACAGAACACACCUAAGCAAUUAGGAUAUAACAAAAUUACAUUUUAUCGUUUUUACAACUUUUUUUUAAACCUCUUUAUUUCUAAAAAAGAUGAAAAGUUAUAAAUAAAUUCUUGAUUAUAAUUACUUUUUAUAUAA